ACAAAUUACUAGUAAACGCUACUUGACCAUCACUGUCGCGAGCGGAAAUGCCGACUGCAACUGCUGCUGCCUCCACCUCUGACCUCCAUGACCCGAACAGUGCUGCAUACAAGAAGGCACGGCGACGACACCUAAAAGCUGCACGUAGUCGGCAGCACGCUGAGCAUGAGACCGACUGGACGCCCUUCCGGGCGGCGGAGAAGAAAUACAAGGCUCGCUUCCCUCCCCCGGACCUCUCUGAUGUUCUCGACCUCGCUACCUUGAAUACAUCUCGUGCGGAAGAAGUCUUGAGAGGCGCAUGGCAUGGGCGAGCAGACGCGGUAGCGUACAGGGAGAUCGAGCUAAAUGGUGACAACGAUGCGGGUCCUUCGACUGGCAGAAGGGCGUAUAUCUUCCCUGACAUACCUGGUCUAGUCCUGCUGCCGUCCUUCGUUGACCCUGAAGGACAGCGGCGGCUCGUGCGUUGGGCUCUAUGCGAGCAGGCCUGUCACCCGAAUGAGACGAAUCUCGAUACGCACUAUGUCCUCCCCGAAUCCGGUCUAUGGAACAAGUACAUUAGAAUACGCAAAGAAGAGUGCGAGGAUGAAUCCGUUCAGCCCCGCGCAGCCCUCUAUUCGAGUCCCACUGAGUCGGCGGCGGCUGAAGCUCCUGGUCCGCGAAGACUAGUGUCCAACGAGCCCGCGAGCAAGGAGAAUUACGACACCCUCUCAAGUACGCCGAAGCCUCCCGCCGCACCGUCACCCUCCGUCCAGCCGCUCCGCGUGUCUGCGCUAGUACCAAGACUCCGUUGGGCGAACAUAGGGUGGUCGUACCAUUGGGGGACGAAGCAGUACGACUUCUCCAAGGGGAAGGGGACGAUCGAUCAAGGAGUGCGCUCGGUGUGCAAGCGAGCGGUACGGGCGGUCAGGUGGGAUCGGGUUUUUGAAGACGAUAACUCUACCGCUGGCGAUUGGGGCGAGGACGGCCCUGACUGGGACUCAUGGCAUGAGACGUACGAGCCGGACGCGGGGAUUGUCAAUUUCUAUCAGACGAAGGACACACUCAUGGCCCACGUUGACCGUUCCGAAGUGUGUGCAACGUCACCGCUAGUCUCUGUAUCGUACGUGCUUGACCUCGUGCCUGGACAUCUCAAUCUCAGCGCAGAAUCUGAUAGUCUAGGAUGCGCGGCAGUAUUUCUCAUCGGAGGUCUGACCCGGGAGGUCAAACCUACCGCAAUACUACUACGCUCGGGUGACGCGGUUAUCAUGUCUGGUCCUGCUUGUCGGCGCGCUUAUCACGGCGUUCCGCGAGUACUGGAGGGUACUUUGCCGCCUCAUUUGGAAUCGGGCACGGACGGAGAUUGGGCUGUCUACGAAGAGUAUCUGCGCAAUAGCCGGAUCAACGUGAAUGUGCGUCAGGUCUUCCAGAGAGGGUUUGAUCCUACUGCCCCCACUCGACACGCAGGCGAUACGUAGAUUCUAUACGGCGCUGUGCAUUGUACAGUCCGGACUUAUGGCGUUCCGACCUCUAUACGCAUCCUAGUCGCAUUUACAUCACCCGUAUAUUCUCGGACGGUGG